AUGGCAGUUAGGGUUUUCUUUGUCUUUCUUCUUGUCCUCUCCUUGAGCGGACAAGGUUAUGCACAACCAUGUAGUCUAUCUUCCGUCAUAGUGGACAUAGCGAAGACCGGGCGGGUUGCGAAGGGAAGGCCAGAAUUCCAAGUGGCAGUAAACAACACAUGUAUAUGCACUCAAACUGAUCUGAUUCUAAGCUGCGAUGGGUUCACAAGUUAUGAGCCAUUGAAGCCUGAAGUUCUAAAGACAGUAGAUGGUGGAUGCUUGGUCAACGAUGGGGGACCAGUUUUUGGAGGGUAUCCAUUCAACUUCAGUUAUGUGGGGAAAUUACCACCCAAAAAAUUCACCCCUGUUAGCUCUCAGAUCAGCUGCUCCUGA